AUUGAUAGCAUUUUUCCUUCUUUUCGCUGUUGAGCGCGUGGCAAACGUUGAACGUGUCGGUUUCCCCCUCGGUGUGUGACGAGUGAUUAAAUUCUGUUCUUUCCACCUUUUGAUUAUCCAUAAAAAAGAAAAACCUCAGCAAUCAUGAAAAUCUACAAGGAUAUCAUUACCGGCGAUGAAAUGUUUGCCGAUACCUACAAAAUGAAAUUGGUGGAUGAAGUUGUAUACGAGGUUUACGGUAAAGUAGUCUCUCGUUCCGAGGGUGAAAUCAAAAUUGAAGGCUUCAAUCCAUCUGCCGAAGAAGCCGACGAGGGUACCGACACCAACGUCGAAACAGGUGUCGAUGUUGUCCUAAAUCACCGUUUGCAAGAGUGCUUUGCCUUUGGAGACAAAAAAGGUUUCACCUUGUACUUGAAGGACUACAUGAAGAAGGUGUUGGCCAAAUUGGAGGAGAACAGCCCCGACCAAAUCGAAGUCUUCAAGACCAACAUGAACAAAGUCAUGAAAGACAUUUUGAGUCGCUUCAAGGACUUGCAGUUCUUCACAGGUGAAUCCAUGGACUGUGAAGGUAUGGUGGCCAUGUGUGAAUACCGCGACAUCGAUGGACAAAGCGUGCCUGUGCUCAUGUUCUUCAAACACGGCUUGGAAGAAGAGAAGUGCUAAAGUAUACCGCGCCACCCUCCUCACCAACCUAUCACAUCUCUUUAUUUUUUAUACAGUCGCUAAAUUAUAGUUUCAAUUUUUUUAACUUAAUUUUUAAGAACGCCAACCCGACGACCAUGUUUUUUUGUGGACACAACAUUUCUUUGUUUGCUAGCGUCAUUAUUUUUUAUUUAAGUACGUUCCCAUUAUCCAUUUUCUUUUCGAGAUUGUUUAGAGAAGAACAGUAAGACUCAAUUUACAUGUAAAACAAAAAGUAUAUAUAUAUUUAAUAUAAAAAGUAACAAAAAAUUAAAACACUAUAAUAAAAUUAUUAUGUAUUUAAAAAAGGAAGAUAAUUACUACACUUUUAUAUAUAUAUAUAUUAAUGUGGAAAAAAUAAUGGCGCAUUUGCAGCAGUGGUUAAUGUGUGGCAAACUACUACUAAGAGCAGCUUUAAGCACUGAAACGGAAUUUUAUUUUUUUGGUUUUUAAUUUGUGUAAAUUUGAGUUUGACCGACAAGCCAAGCAAACAAAAAUGCCUAAUUGUAAUGCAAAAACAACAUAUGGAAAAGAAGAACAUCGCAUUUGCUAUAAUAAAAGAAGAAAAUCAUUCAAAUAUAAAA